AUGGGUGGCGAUGUAACGUACAAUGAAGUAGACGAGGAGGAAAAGGUGAGAAACGAGGAGGAGAAAAUGGUAGUACAGAAGAAAUAUAAGGCGGUGGUCGGAGGAGGAUUUCCGCCGCCGACUAAGGUGGUGGUGGUGGGAUAUGCUCUCACAUCUAAGAAAAUUAAAAGCUUUUUGCAACCCAAGCUUGAAGGAAAGGAAUGGCGGCAUGUACUUGAGGAUUAUGGGCAAAACCAUCCUGAAGUCACAGUUCUUGAUCCUCCAGAUGCCAUACAGCAAGUGCAUAAUCGCCAGUCUAUGCUUCAGGAUGUUGCUGACAUGAACCUGUCGAAUGCCUACGGAAAAGUCGGUGUCCCAAAACAACUGAUAUUCAAGAAAGAUCCAUCAUCAAUUCCUGAUGCAGUCAACAAGGCUGGGCUGAGGUUUCCCAUUGUGGCAAAGCCCUUGUUUGCAAAGUCGCAUGAGUUAUCUCUUGCAUAUGAUGAAUUCUCUCUUCAGAAUUUGGAACUGCCACUUGUCUUGCAGGAAUUUAUCAAUCAUGGUGGUGUUAUGUUUAAGGUUUAUAUUGUUGGUGAAGCAAUUAAGGUGGUCAGGCGUUUCUCCUUACCUGAUGUUAGUAAGCGUGAACUCUCUAAGAAUGCUGGUGUAUACCGCUUUCCAAGAGUAUCUUGUGCCGCUGCAUCAGCCGAUGAAGCAGACCUUGAUCCAUGUGUCGGUGAGCUCCCUCCACGACCAUUACUUGAGAAAAUGGCGAAGGAACUACGUCGACGACUGGGUCUUCGGCUGUUCAACCUUGAUAUAAUUCGAGAGCAUGGAACUAGAGACAGUUAUUAUGUCAUAGACAUCAACUAUUUUCCUGGUUAUGGCAAAAUGCCAGAAUAUGAACACGUAUUUACAGAUUUUCUUUUAAGUCUGGACGAAUUGAAGUUAACUCCCGCGACUCUAAAUUCCAUGUGA